AGAGGCCACGUCAUAUCAUUAUUUUUCUCACCUUGUUAUCUCGAGAUAUCAAAAUAAUUAAAUCGUGAUAUCGGGAAAACAACACAAUUAAUUCGUGAUCACGGGAAAACGAACAAGAAAACGUCACGCCCCUUUGCUUGAUGAAGAGAGUACAUUUAAGAAGAUCAAUAGUGUGAAGAAGUGAUAGUUUAUAGUGUAAAAUGGAGUUUUAUGAAGCUUUGAGAGAGAGGGGGGUAGCAGAGGAGAACAUCACCAGGAUGAUAGAGGACAAGGUGGACCAUGACGUUAUGGCUGUAAUAGAUGAUGACACCUUGUCCAGGUAUAUACCUCAUCUGGGAGACAGAGUGUUUGCCAGGAACUGGACCAAUGGCGAAUGCCAUGAAGACAGGAGGAGAAUUCUCAUUGAUCGUCUUCGGUCGAAAAUGAAACUGCCCUGCAGUGGCCCAGCACCAACAGCCACGCAAACCCAUUCUCGCAAAAGUUUUGGCGUUGGGAACAAGAAUGCGGAAAAAAAUACAAGAAAGAUAGAAGUAGGGUGGAUGAAUUAUCAUAAUGGUGUUUUAAAACAAGUUAGACGUCCAACUGGAGGUGGCACAAGAGAGGUUAUAGUGAGGAAAGAUGAAACAAUGAAAAACAUCCUUGAGGAUGGAAAGAGAAUGUUUUUCCCGAAUGGAAAAUCCACGAAAGGGCAAGUGGAUGACUUUGAGUUUACACUCUGUGUCAUGGGUUCAGAGGUGCCUUUAGAAGACACACUGUCUAUAGCAAGUCUAUAUGAUCUGACUCGGCACAAAAUACUUAGAUUGUAUGUCUGCACUAAGAAAAAGAAUUCAGAAACUAAUUUCAAUGACACACCUCGACAGGACAGUUCACUUGUGGAGAACACUUGCAUUACCCUCCAGAGUUCUUCAAGCUUCCCCGAUUGCCAGAUAUCUCUCCAUAGCCCUGUAAUGCCUGUUGUGCCUCAUGAAAUGGCACAGCUCAUGUCUACCUCCAGCCCUGUUAUGUCUACAUGUGCAGCUGUCAUUCCACAUUCAAAUGAGGAUGAUGAAGUUCAGUUUCUUGGUGAUUCUGUGGUGAUCCUGUGUGAUGACGCUAGUGACACUCUAGUCUAUACCCCAGAAGUUCCCCCUCAGCUUCUAUUUGAAAAUUUGCUAACAGAUAGUGAUGUUAGUCCGAUGUGUGAUGACUCCAGCUCCUCUUUCUAUGAAAACCCUGAAAAUGUUGCAGAGAGGCAGACCCUCACUAUUCGUUCAGCCCACUGCAUGUCAGAUUUGAUUAAGGCUUUUUCUGACCCCAACAUCCUGGAUGCUAAUGUAUCUUUUCAGCGGGUUCUGGAAAAUGGUGACAUUGAAAACGGGGUGGGCAAUGGACUCAACAUGGACUGUCUUACUGAAUUCUGGGGUAAAUUUUACUUAUCGAGGACCUGUGGCACCACAUUCAAGGUGCCUACCUUACACCAUACGUAUAAAGAAAGAGAAUGGGAGGCAGUGGCUCGAAUUGUUGCCUUUGGUUGGCAGAAGUACAAGUAUCUUCCUAUCGAGCUGGCACCACCAUUUCUACUAGAGGCCUUCUCCAUACCCACCUCUACAUGCAGCUUGAUGGAAGCGUUCUUCAACUACAUCAGCCCCAGUGAAAAAGAUGCCCUCACAGAGGCUUUAAAUGAUUUCCACCAAGCCGACUUAGAUGAGCUGUUAACAAUACUUGGCAGUCACAGCUGCACAUCUCUACCUACAGAGCUGAAUUUGGCCAAACUUCUUGAUGAAAUUGCACACAAGGAACUUGUGCAAGAACCGGCAUUCAUUAUCAAGUGUUGGAAGCCAAUCUUGAAAAGUAUUACCGAAAGAGACUCUUUGACAACUGAGGUUAUGGCAAAGACCCUCGUUGAUUUGAAGCCUAAGGCCAGGAAUGUGACCAAAUGCACCAACUUCCCGAGAGAAAUGUCACAUGCAGAGAGGACAACGUCUCUGCAUCUUCUUCGCUUCAUUCGUGAGAUGAAUGAUCCAGAGAUUGGACUCUUUCUAAGGUAUUGCACUGGUUCUGACCUUUUCCUAGGAAAAAUGAUUCAGGUGACUUUUGUAAACAUGCCUGAUUUUGCAAGGCGUCCAGUGGCACACACAUGCUCUUGUGCCCUGGAGUUGGCUUCAAACUACACCACUUUUUCUGAAUUUAGAUCAGAAUUCUUGGCUGUAUUGAAAAGUGGAAUAUGGGUAAUGGAUAUGGCCUAAAAUUAUUUCAUUUUAGACACGUAAUGCAUACAGGAUCCAGGCUCCAUUUCGAAUACAGUAUGUGACGUGUCAUCUGAUUGGUCAUUGGCUUUUUAUAAAUAUGAGACACUUGGAGCUUUGUUGAAGCCCAGUAUUAAUAGGUUCUUUUGAUAUUAUCCCAAUCUGUGUGUUUUGCAAUGUAGUGUCUUAUUUUUGUCUUGGAGUUGUGAAAAUGAUUGAAAUGUAUUUCCAUCAAAUAAUUGACUAAUUAUUAUUAUCCCAUUUUCAGUCCAUAUUCUGUAAAAGAUAUCCACCAUAGACUGAAGAAACUGUUUCCUAGUAUGGGUAUGCCCCAUGAAAAGCUACAGGUCCCUCUAGUUUUGGGCAGUGUUCCACUCCUUUUGUGUGUGUUUGACUCAUGUUUUAUGUCAAUGACUAUGUCAAUGUUUUAAUGAAAUCCUGUUCUGUUCGAUAGAU